CGAACGAGGUAAGAGCGUCGGAUGUCUCCGUGUUUCUUAUGUCGCCCUCUUAUUGUUUCGCACGUUUCGUCUGAUGUGCUGUGCGGCAAGAGAGUGCUUGGUUCCUCCCUGCGCCUCCAACAGCUCCAGAGAUAUAUAAGAAGCCAUCUCAACACCCUCAAACUCUCUCAAACUCGCUCAAACACUUCAGUCUAUUCUUCUUCGUCAAUAAUUUGCUGUGCAAACAAAACAUUCACUACAUUCUUACCUUAAUAAACAUUUUACCAACCACCCACCAAUCAACCUUCACCCAAUCAACUUCCACCACCUUCAACAUGCAUUUCUCCGCAGCAGCCAUCCUCCCCUUCCUCUCCGUCGCUGCCGCGCAGUACGGUUCCUCCGACUACGGCUCCUCCUCCACCGACACCACCAGCAACGCCCAAGCCGCCACCGACACCACCACCACCACCGCCGACGGCGCCACCGUGCACAAAGUCCUCGUCGGCCAAACCGCCCUCACCUUCUCCCCCUGGAACCUCACCGCCGCCGUUGGCGACAAGGUUGAGUUCCACUUCUACCCCACCACCCACUCCGUCGCACAAGCCGCCUUCGACAAGCCCUGCGAGCCCAGCUCCGACACCGCCUUCUUCUCCGGCGGCGUCACUACCCAGGCUGCUACGAGCGGAAAGACCAGGCGCCAGACCGCUGCGGAUAUGAAGAUCUUCACCAUCACCGUCAACGACACAAAGCCCAUCUGGUACUACUGUGGCUUCCCCAACCAUUGCCAGGGCGGCAUGGUCGGUGUCAUCAACCAGGCUGCGACGGGCGCGAAGACCAUUGAGGCGUUUGCGGCGGCUGCGAAGAAGGUGGCUAAGACUGUUGCGCCUUCCACGGUGCAGGGUGGUACUUGGGGAGCUGCGGAGGUGGCGAACGGUACCGAGACUGGUGGUGCUUCGACCCCGUCUUCGUCGACUGGUGCCGCUUCUGGCCUGAUGGAGAGGGGUAGCUACGGAACUGUUGUGGCUGCUGGGCUUGUGGCAGGGCUUGCCGGGAUUUUCGGUACUCUGUUGGUUUAAUGCGGUGGAUUGGAUUGUAUUGGGAUUGAGGGGGGAGUUACAUAGCAUAGUGCAGCGCACGGCUGGAGUUAAUAGGGAAUAUUAAAUUCAAAUUUUCACUUC